GUAAGGUAAGUUGAGGCACCUCAUAAAACACAUGCAUACCCUAGUGUGUAUAACAGAACAAAUGAUGAAGGAUAUAACGGCAACAGGAAUAAUAGUAUUGACAUUGGAUGCCAACAAGGUCAUGCUGAAAACGCAAUAGAAGAACAUUCACAUAAGCUCUCCCAUGGAGAAGGUGACAUAACUGUGAAACAAGGUCCUUCUGCUAGAUAUAGAAGUAGAUCACGUAGCAUGUCUGGAUCAAGAUGUAGGAGCGAAAACCAAGUCACACCCGUUUUGACAAAUGACACUGUGUAUUCUCCUAUGCCAGAGAGAUCUACAAAUGGAUGGCAGAGAUCAACAAGUGAUCGUCGACGUCACACAUUUGAGAGCGAUUCUUUUCCUGUUCAUGGUGACGAACGAUAUGAGAGUGACGGCUAUCAUUUAAGUAGAUACUGGGCUGCUUAUCCAGACGGAAAAGUAACACCUGACAUAAAAGCAAUUCUCCGCACUGGAACUCCAAAAGGAAAAGUAACGCCGUCAACAAGAGCUUUGUUUCGUCUCUAGUGUACAAUUAUUUAAAGGGGUUGGACCUUUGAGAUAUUUUCUUAGUUAAGCUGAUGAAAUUAUUUCAUAUUUGCAAGCAAUUAAAAGGUUAUUUUGAAACCAUGAACGAACUGUAGUUCAUACAAGACAUCAAGGGAUCAGAAGUAGAAGUUUUGACAUUUAUAAAUAAUAUUAAUAAUGAAAAUCGCUGGGGUAAAAAUGCAGUGAUUAAAAUUCACCUUUGAGAUGACUUUGUCAUUCUGAAUUUGCAAAAAAAUAUUUCAUGUUUACGACAAAAUUACCAGCAUCGGUUAUAUUUAUCUUAUUAAUCUUUAUGUGGGUUAUUAAAUUACUUAGGAUGCUUGAAGCCAACGUCAACAAAUGUUUAGGCGGUAAUAAUAGACAGUUAUGAUGUAUGUAGUAUUUGAUUGUGUAUCAUCUUAGAACUGUUUGUUUUUGAUCAUUAUUCCACAGUUACACACUUCACAUAUAUUGAGCAGAUACAAACUAAUUCAAUUACCACAUUCGACUUGAGAUCAGUGUCCGAAAUUCAGUUUUAGUGUUUUUUGUGUCUUUGAUUCUGUGCUAAAGUGAGUUUCAGUGCUCCUUUGUGACCGUUCCAAGGCGGUUCUUCUCUUUGAUUCUUUACGUUUUGGCUUUUUCUACUGUGUCUUGAUAAUUGUCCGUGUAUGCUUUUUGAUAAAUCUGUCAUUAAUACUUUCUGC